AGCGCUAUUUGUCAGAGAUGGCGGGCGCCUCCGACCCCCUGGAAGAUAUGCUCUUUUCAGAGGUGGAUGAAAAAGCUGUGAGCGACCUAGUGGGCUCAUUGGAGUCACAGCUUGCUGGUCAAAGCAACCCAGCAGGUAAAACAGACGAAAACGGAGGUGCUGGCUCAGUGGCCCCCGCUAACCAUCACUUAGGGAAAACGCUACCAGCUCCAGUGGGCACAACAACACUAGAACAACAACAAGGACGGCGUAAUAAACCUGAGAUGCACCAGGAGAUCAACUCUAAAGACGUUAGCCCGGAUAAAACGGUCACAUCUCCUUCUCUGGGCUGCACCCCUCCUUUUGGCGAGCCUUCCACCACUUUGGCUGUCUGCGUGAACGCUACUAGCAGCGGUUCACAAUCACAUGGAGCAUCCAUCACAACACUGACUGCAUCUGGUGUGUCAACAUUGGCAUCUCUGCCAGCCAGCAUCAGCACCACAUCCAGCCGUGGCUCUAAGGAUUCCCCGGGGACAGGUGAGACGUCAACGGAAGCCAGUCCACCGAGAAAACGCAUAUCCACACCACGAAGGAGCACUUCGGCUCGGAUAAAGACUUUGAACGGCGCAGCUGUAACGACGAGGAGGAACAGCACCACAGCAGUGGUUGAAAAUGCUAGCUCUGUGGAUACCGGUGCAACUAUAGUAAACUCUUCUCGACCGGCGACAUCCUCUAUUAACACUUCGACUUUCACCUUAUCUAACGCUAGCCUGCCUGUAGGUCAGUCGGCUAUUGCUCUCGACCGAGGGACUCCUACCAUUGCCUUACACAGACUCCCGAAUCAUAUUGUAGCCAGUAUAGCCCAGAACGGCAACGGGACCAAUGUUUCGGCCUUGGUCCAGCAAGGCGCUCGCAUAGGACCCGUCACCACUUCAUCUUCACCUGAGAACCACAGCAAAACGGUCACAGACACAGGGACUUCCAAAACAGACGGUUGUCAACCCAAAAUUGUAAUGUCAAGCCCGACUGCUAGUGUCAAUUCUGUAAUAAACACUGUUUCCUCUGCAUCUUCUGUUGUCACACCAUCUACAACCACAGCAGCAGCAGCAGCAGCAGCAGCUACAGUCACUACAACACUAACCCAGCCUCUGAGCUCUGCCACAGCUGAUGCUUGUGUUAUAGGGGUGGCCACUAGUUCUGUAUGUGGAACUGGUCAAACUACAUCAGUGACUACUACUAUUAGCAUGAUCAGGCCCACAGCGCCCUCUCCAACACCCACUGUGGCCACCUCUGCACAGCCUCAGCCCCGUCCUGGACUUACAGCACCUCAAAGGAUCGUAGCCCCCCAGUUGAUUGUCAGACCACCUCAACAGCAGACGACCAUUCAGCUGCCCCCUGGGUUUACCAUCCCACCGGGAAUGGUGCUGGUGCGUACUGAGUUGGGCCAGCUGGUAAUGGUUCCUCAGCAGGCUUUGGCUCAAGCUCAGGCUCAAGCUCAGGCCCAGGCUCAGAACAACAUCUCUCCACGACCUGCCACACCUACCACAGGAGCAUCUUUCAGAGUUACAACUCCACAGUCUCCUGUGACCUCUCAGACCACCAGGCAGUGUCCUUUGACCCCAGCCAAGAUGGUACCGUCUCCCUCUCCCACUCCUUCCAGCCCUGCUCUUCAGACCUCUUCUUCUUCCUCUUCUUCCUCCUCUUCCUCCUGUCCUGCACUCCGCCCAAAGGGGCCUGUGGCACCGGCCGUGGCUGUGACGGCUCCACAGCAGAACCCCGUGGUUAUGACCCCCCAGGCCCCGGCCCAGACCUCCUCGCAGCCAGUGCAGCCUCCACAGACAGGCAUCACCACAGCCCCUGGAGCUCCUGUCGUGUCCCAGGAAAUGCAAGAGAAUGUGAAGAAGUGUAAGAAUUUCCUGGCCACACUUAUCAAGCUGGCAUCUCACAAUUCUCCGUCCCCUGAGACUUCCAAGAAUGUCAAAGCUCUGGUUCAGGACCUACUGGAUGCCAAGAUUGAACCUGAGGAAUUCACCAGCCGGCUGCAGACUGAACUCAAGUCAUCUCCGCAGCCUUACCUGGUACCCUUUCUCAAGAAGAGCCUCCCGGCUCUGAGGCUGUCUUUGCUAAACAGUCAACAGUCCCUAACCCAGCCCAUGCAACAGGGAGUCAAACCAGCACCUGGCGGCACCCCUCCUGCCAUUGUGGCUGGGCCAGCUGUCUGCAUACGCCACCCUAACAGCAUCAGCACCACUACAGGUGCCAGUGCACUGCCGACUGGAACACUUGGACAUACAGCUGGCAUGGGAAUCAAGACAGCGGGCACUGUCGGUGGCCACAUCCGCAUGCCCAUGGUGAUCACACAGUCUGUCAGAGUACAAGGCACAAUGGGGAAGGGAGCAGUCAUCCAAGCAGGAAAAAGUCCCGUGGGCUUGGCUGUUCAGAUCACUGGGAAUCAGAAAAACAAGCUCAAUGACCCCGGAGGAGGUUCUUUCAGGGAUGACGAUGACAUCAACGAUGUGGCCUCCAUGGCUGGAGUGAACCUGAAUGAGGAGAGCGCACGGAUACUUGCCACCAACUCUGAGUUAGUGGGAACACAGAUCCGUUCAUGUAAAGAUGAGGCCUUUCUCCAUCCGGGACUGUUACAUCGACGGAUUCUGGAAACAGCCAAGAAGUUUGGAGUGACUGAUGUCCCCAUGGAGGCAGUGACAUUCAUCUCUCAUGCCACACAGUCACGACUUCGCACUGUGGUAGAAAAGGUUUCCGCUAUCGCCCAGCACCGACUGGACUCCUGUAAGGACGAUGAGUGCUAUGAGCAGUUUGCAGACGUUCGCUCUCAGCUCCGCUUCUUCGAGCAGCUGGAGAGAAUCGAGAAGCAGAGGAAGGACGAGCAGGAGAGAGAGAUCCUGUUGAAAGCCGCUAAAAGUCGCUCCAGGCAAGAGGACCCAGAGCAAGCUCGACUGAAACAGAAAGCUAAGGAGAUGCAACAGCAGGAACUGGCCCAGAUGAGACAGCGAGAUGCCAACCUUACAGCACUGGCCGCCAUUGGACCCCGCAAAAAACGCAAGGUGGAUUCACCAGGGGCCACCCCAUCAGGGACAGAGGUUUCAGGCAGCAUGGCAGGCUCCUCGGCCAGCUCCACCCCGUCCACCUCAUCGCGCCAGUACACAAGGCAGCGCAUCACUCGUGUCAACCUCAGGGACUUAAUUUUCUACAUGGAGCAGGAGAGAGAGACCACCCACUCCCUCCUCCUUUACCGUGCCCUGCUCAAGUAGCCUCUCAUCCGCUCGGCGCCCACCUCAACCUCCUCCUCUUCCUUUCCAGCCACGUGCCUUCUGAUCAGGUCUAAUGCUUCAGCUCUGUGUCUCCAUAUGUACUGUAGUGAUGUUUGAUGUAGCUUUUAACAAGAAGAAAUGGAGAAAGAGAAAAAAAACAUACAAAAUAAACAGUUGUUCUGUGUUUUCUCUGUUUAGCUUCACAGUGUGUAGAUCAUUCAGUUUAAAGUUGAAUUUGUUAGAAACAGUGUUUUUAUGUGCCAGGACUUGGCCUAGAACCGGUUCCAUGUAUAUUUGGAUAGUUAUUUAUUUAACUUUGGUGGAAGCUUCAUUAAACCACCUCAAAGUUAACACCUGGACACAGCCUGUGAUAUUCUCUAUGACCUCUUCGUUGAGCAAGUUCAAUGAAUGUAGUUUAGCUGAAUUCAAUAAAUGAGACUUUACAAAUUUCUAUACAUAAUCCUUAUCAUUUUCAAACAUUAAGAUUCUAAAUAACCGCACCAUGUUUAAUUUCCUUAAUGUAUGUGUAAAUAGUUCCUUUUGAUUUACUUUACAGCAUGUAUAUUUUUUAUGACAUGUAAGCUUUGUAAGAAAAGGAAUAACCCAUUUGUCAAUAAUAUGAAGCCUGAUGUUUUACAAAAUCAUGUACUUUGAAUGAGUCAGAUUUAGUUUAUUCAGUUCACUUGUAGAGAAUCUGUUAAUACAGAUUUCCCCUGAAACUCAUGCCAAACCAUGCACUAUGAUUUCUGAUUGGCUGCCCUUGCUGAAUGAGUUGUUUUUUUUUCACCCACAGAUAAAGUCAACACUUUAUUUAUAACUAGAUGUUUGUAAGCUGUGUCCUGUCAUGCCCAUAUCAUCAGCAUUACUGUUGAAGAAGGUGAGUUUUGUUUCAGAGAGGGCGAUGUUGUAGGUGUGGUAGCGACUGGGGAGAGUGAGACCUCGAAAUCAAAACAGACAUUCCUUUGUCCUUCCCUCUCACUGGCCUAUCUGCACAUUAAUGAUAUUUUGGGUUAAUUUCAACAGUUCUCAAGGGUGUUCCUGGAGCCCCAUUGAUCCCCUCCUACUUUGGUUAUGACUGAAUGAAAAAGAUAGUCUCCUUUAGUCCACAGCACUUCUACUUGUUUGUGUUUUGGUCCAAGAUUAAACAGCACAUUUUGAUUUUCUCUUUGCUUUGUAUCACUAAUGAGAGCGAUGGAACAAAACACUUGCUUUUUACGUCAUGUUGCGUUGUCCCCUCGUUCAUUUUUCUUUUUAAAAAUGUGCAUUGUACUAUGUAAUAUUGUCCAUUAUAUUUUUGUUAGUUUAUUUCUGUUUAACUAAAUAUCUUGGCCUCUAUGCAGCUUUCUGUGUCAUUUUGAAUUGUAUUUAAAUAUGGGUGACAUUUGAAAUAAUUGUUGUGCAUUGUACAUUUUGGCAGCACUUUUUAAAAAAUCUAUUUUACUUGACACCUAAAGGCUGUCACUGUAUCAUAGUCAAGAAAUUACUCUUUUAGGUUAAAAAAACAAACAAUAUUGCCAGUUUCUGUCAAAUGACACUUAUUUUAAUGAUUAAUAUAUUUCUUUCUUGUUUUGUUUUGAAUUGGGUUUUAUGCUUAACAUGUUUUCAUAAAUAUUAUCUCCAAAGUACCAUGUUUUUAAAACAAGCACAACAAUAACUAUUGUGGUGAUUUAAAAUGAUUUUAAUAAUGAUUUAUAUGGUUUCUGGUGGUUUCACAGGAGGGUAUUUCUACUACUACAGCAGCUUUUUAGUCAAAAUAUUAGGACAAUAUUACUAAUUUAAACAAAUGUGGGAAUUAACAUUUCAAUGUACGGAUGAUUUGUAAAUAUUGUUUACAAAACUAUGUGUUUAUUAGAACCACGUUAUUUUUGGUAAACUCUUGUAUAUAUCUUGAAAAUUU